UGAGCAGAUCGUCACACAGUUCUUGGAGUCCAAAAUGGCGCUAUGUUUACGUCUAUGCAUAAUCGCUUUUUAUCCCUAGCAAGUCUCAUGGAGAGCUUUGGUGACUUUAUUCCCUCGAAAAGAUAAUUUGAACUAACAUUUAACUACAACAACACUGUUUCACGACAAACAGAUCUGUGAAUACAAAGUUCACCAGCAGCAGUAGGAAGGAUGCAGACUGAGACCACGGACUCUUCACUGAGAGAGGGCAUAGAGGCUCUGGGUGUGAAGGACACAGAAAAACCUGCAGCAGGAAAAGAGAAGGAGGAGGAGGGCGACACAGAGCAACAGGACACUGAGACGACAACUGCUACAGAGGAGGAGGACACUACAACCAAGGAUGAAAACGAUGGAGACACAGAUGCAGGGGAAGGAGAGGCACACAAGGAUGAAGCCCAGGCAGACACAGGGGUGGAUGCUGAAGAGGGAAAGCAGGCUGCAGAAGUGGAUGGUGAAUGGGAGCUUGCAUACAGCGACGAAGAAAUGGAGGAUCCUAAGAACUGGAUGCCCCCUCCUACUGAGAUCAAAAGACUCUAUGAGCUCCUUGCUAAAGGAGAGAUGCUGGAACUGAACUUUGUGCCCCUUCCUAGAAGGCCCCCUACACCUGAACGUACCCCGUCACCUGAAAGAGAUGACGAGGAAGAAGCAGCGAAGGAAAGGGAGAGGGAGGAAAGAGAGCGCAAGCCUCCAACUCCAACUGAGUUUGACUUUGAUGAGGAGCAAAUGCAAGCCACUCCAAAAAAUUCCUUCAUCAACAGACGCAGAACACCAGGAUCUUCAGCCCGCUCCUCUGUGAAAAGGGAAGCUCGGCUGGACAAAGUGCUGUCAGACAUGAAGCGCCACCGCAAAAUUGAGGAGCAUAUCAUGCGUACAGGUCGAGAUCUCUUCAAGAGCGAAAAGAAGCUGGAGGAAGCCCUGUCUCCCAACAGCCAGAAGGAGCGGGAGAAGGAGAGGGAACGAGACAGCAACCCCAACACCAUCUUCUCCCCGAGACAGAGGAGAUACUGAAGUAUUAAGAGAUGAGGACUUGCUCAAAGGCAAACAAGGACAAAAGCUUUCAGAGGCUUUCUCAAAACUUGAAUUUUUUUAUGUAACGAGUUUUGUAUGUUUUCUAUGUGUGUUUUGUAUGAUGGCAAUAAACAUUUUAAUCCUGGAGUAACCCUGUUGUACUCAGUGGACAGUGAGGGUGAUUGAUCUAGAUAAAUGGCUGUAACGGCAUACAAUCUCAAUAUCAGUUGAUAUUGUAAUAUACUAAAGAUUUAUAAAAUAAGAAAUACCUGAAGGACAAUCAAGUAUAUCAUCACAUUUAUGCAAAAUUUGUAUAAGAAAACACUGAUAUAGAGCAGUCCUGCUCAUUAAUGUUCAUUGCCAACAAUGGCUAGGUACACAGAGAUAUUAAAGGGAUUCCUAUCACGAUAAAUGUUAAUAGUAAAAUCUCUGACACCAAUUAACUGUCUCUCAGUAUAUAUGGUCUUGUGUCCUAACCCUAAGUGUGACAAGUAUGGUGCUGGGAUGCUGACCUGAC